CCUCAUCCUUGUCUCGCUUCUCAUUCACUCCGUUAUUAUUUUCGACUCGUUAUCUUCUACUUCAUAACCUUCCGUCUCGCUCGUACUUCAAAUGGCCGCCCAAGCUACCUUCAAGUCUAUCAAGUCUCUUGUUCCUCUUCUUGACCGUGUUCUUGUGCAGCGCUUCAAGCCAGAGACAAAAACAGCUGCUGGUAUCUUCCUCCCCACUUCCGCAACCCAGAACCCGCUCCCAGAAGCCACCGUCAUCGCCGUCGGCCCCGGUGCACCAAACAAGGAUGGACAAAUCGUACCUACGACUGUGAAGGCCGGAGACAAGGUCCUUCUUCCAGGCUGGGGUGGAAACGCGAUUAAAGUCGGAGAAGAUGAGUACUUCUUAUUCAAGGACUCCGAGAUUUUGGCCAAGAUCCAGGAGUAAGCGUCGGCUUAUUGGAGUUGCCAUGAUCGGGAGGUUUGGUCGGAACGGCUAGUGGGGCGCGGGUAGAUGGUAGUGACCACUUGCGAGGCGGUGGGAGAGGAGGAAGACGGUGUCCACUCAUCCAAAAGUUCUGUUGUCGUUCGCAUCUUAUACUUCUCUCGGGCUAAUCAUCGUACAUACUCAUUGCUCCUCGUUCAUGUUCACUCAUCC